GUUAGCCACAGGCAUUGUGCACGGUUCUAUACCACUGAGUAGAGCCACUGACAAAAGCCGCACUGUGUGAUUCCAAACGUUUGGGAAAUUUUCUCAUGGUUUUUGCUGAGAAAUAUCAGUGAUACUUCCGAGCUCUACAAAUGGGAUGGCUUGGAAUCCCUGUUGCUAUGGUAACACUGAAAGUUCCCAAGUGGAGUUUUACUUUGAAGAAGUUGGUCAAAUAUGUGUAAAACUUGUUGAGGAGUUCAGCAGGGAAACCUUACAUGCACGUGCAACGACCAGCGAUGGAUGUAUUGUGAAGUUAUUUUCGAGUUUUAGUGCAAAGUCACAUGUUGGUGUAUUGCUCUCCUAUGGCAACAAGGGAUGUUUCCGCGAAUCCCGUUCCGAGGAAUUAUCGCCGACUUGCCAAGAUUGCCUCGGGCCGAGAUUAGAGAGAAGUUUUUCUGAUAUACAAGUACACCUGACAUUAAAGCCCAUGGUCCCAGUUGUGCUGAAAGCAUGCUGCAUUAGUAACAAGACAAACAGUUGGAUGGACACGUGUGUUUAGAGGAUACUUCAGCAGGUCCUAAACCCUUACCGUGGUACUUAACAAGGCUUGCUGCGUAAACUUCCGUUGUCGUCAUAAAGAGAAGAAAUCCCUCUUGAGGCUUCAAGCAUUUCUUGAAGUGUGUGUUUGAACAAAGAAGGAACAAUGUUGAAAUGAGCUGGCAUUUAUAUUUGCCAAAAGUACAGGUGUGGUUUGAGUCCUGCUUGAUAAGUACAUGUACAAAAUGGCGUCUUCAGAUUGCAAGAGUUGUAUCAGCUCAACUUGAAACAAAAAAUGGUUUUAAGAACCAUCAGAAUUUAAUAUGCAAACAAAUAAUCCAUGUAUUGUAUGUACACAGAGGCACCGGUGCAUCUGAGAUUGUGAGAAAAACAUUGGGGAACGAGUGCAGCUGAUUUAAAUUUGCCCAAAAUCUGAGGAUUACGGUUCCAGCACCCUGCGGAGAAUGGGAUUAAAAAGUCCUGUCCUUGGAAACUACAAGCUGAUGCUAAUGACGGUCACGGAGGUGGCUGUUGUAGUUACGCAAAUCACCUGAGACUGGAGAUGUUCUUUUGAGAGACGCAGCUGAGGAGUCUCUUCCCGUUUUUUCAGUAAAGGAGCUUUCUUUCUCGGCGAGUGGGGAUCAGAGAUUUGUUGGACAUGUUUAAAUCACUGAAGGAGAUCACCACUGCUGUCUUUAAGAAAGUCGUGUGGAGUUGAAGAAAUUGAGCUAGGACUCUGGGAAACAUCAGUUGUCUAAGUGAAUUGUUUGGACACAUACACUGGAACUUUUGAUGCAGAGAAGUUGGCAAAAAGCAGAGUGCUGAAGGUAGCUUUUUUCGCAGGAUUCAUUUGGCGAUGUUUUUGUACAGCUCUGAAAUAUCCAUUCAUCUCAGAAUCUGGCAGUGGUUUUGAAGUGUGUUUUGGAGACUUUCUGAGGUUUCUUCAGCAAGUUCGGAACAAAUUUUUGGACUGCUGAUUUUGUUGACAAAUCCUGCUUAUUGGAGUACGAGUUUGUUCUAAGCAAACAGUGCUGAGAUUGGCUUACCAGAUUAUCACCAUGGUAUGAAUAUAAACGGAUUAAUCAAAAAUGGUUUAAGAAUAAUCUCAAAGCAAACAGAGCAUGGCAUGGAUUUCAUCAUUGAUGCUGAUCACUAACGCUUGGGAAAAAUUCGCAGGGCUGUUUCAAAAAGGAGUGUUUUUGGCAAUGAACGCUAGCUCAAUCAGUGCAUUUGUAAGGGAACAGUUGUGGCAUAGAAGGCAGAAAGGCAGCUGAAAAGCCAGGUGGUAUUGUCACUGAAAAGAAAGGGAUGUUUGAAGAGCCGUUUAUGCAUGAAUCGACAGUUGUCAAGUCAUGAAAGCUUCGCACGUCGCCAUGGCACAGUGUUUCCGCCUCGAUUGAGAAGCUUUGUGAAUUCAGGAAUGCAUGAAUUUGGAGUUGAGAGCAGUGAUAAAGGCUUUCACUAAAAGGGAAGCGUUGUUUGAAAAGGCAGGUUUUUUUUGCGUUAAAUUGAUUGCCGUCAUUAAAUUGUGAGGACUCCGGGCCUGGAUGUGAAGCUGUGAACGUGGGAAUUGGAGUUGAUAGCAGUGAGCUGGCUGUACUUUGAAGCGUCAUCGUCGUUGCCAUCAUUAUAACCAAACUGCUUGGUUUCAAGCCUGUCUUACUGGCUGUUAUUAAUUUGUAACGUCUCUGUGGGCCCGGAUAUGAAGCCGUGAACGUGGGAAUUGGAGUCGAUAGCAAUGAGCUGGCUGUACUCUUAAGCGUCAUCGUCAUUGCCAUCAUUAUAACCAAACUGCUUGGAUUCUAGCCUGUGUUACUCAGUGAAGAAAAGUCUGCAUCUUCUUUGGCCCACCACCAGUUGUCCUCAUGUACUGCAUCUUUCUUUCAAGAAUUUUCUUGUGAGAUCAACAGCUUUUGUGAAAUUCCUCAUCCCUUUUCUGCAAACUUUGAAAAAGUGAAAUUGUAAUCUGUCAUCAGAUGGAUUUUCCAGACUUUGGAUUGAAUCAUGGUCGGACUUUGGUUAUUUUCUUAAUGUUGACCAUAUUGUUUGAAAUGUGCACUUGAAGUUUGCUCUGCAAAUGUUCUAUGAAAGCUGAAAAUCGACUGUGCUUGGCCGAGAUAUUGUAAGAUUUCUGCGUUAGAAAAACAAAAACUGAUAAAACUACUUGGCUGCCACAAGGUACCAUGGCAACAAGGGAACCGGCCAAAAGUGCCGGUCCCCGUCAGAACGCGCCACGUUCGAAAAUCUUUCUGCGGGAGAACACGAUGACGCUCAGUGAGAAGAUCGCCCUCUAUCAUCACCGGGCAGACGAUUCGGAGGACUUCCGCGUGGCGGCGUUACGGAAUCGGACUUGCGUCGCCAACGGCGGACGCACUUUCGUAACCGAGGAGGCUCAGGAGGAGGCUCAAGCCGCAAAUACAAAACCAGAGGGAGGAAAUGGGAGAAGGAAUGCAAAGGGAGGGUAUAUCCCCACUGGAAGGAGAUCGGCCAGCGAUAUGAGUUUGGCUGUUUGUGUGUCUGUUACAGAUUCUACCCAUGAGCUGAUGGAGGCAGCUGAAAAGGGUGACACGACCGCCGUUCGCCGUGUCCUGAAAGAGAGCUCGGCGGACAUGAACUUCGGCCAUGGCGGUGACUAUAGGACGGCGCUACUGCGGGCCUGUCAGUACGGGCAGGUGGACGUCGUCAAAGAGUUAUUAGAGGCCGGUGCCGACGCUGGCAUCAGAACCGUCAAGAACCGGACUCUCCUGCACGAGGCCUGCAUCGGCGGCCACCCGAAGGUCUUACAGCUACUCCUAGAUCGAGUCGAGGACAUCGACGCGGUGGACUCGGAAGGUCAGAGCGCGUGUCACGCAGCGGGCUUCCAGGGAGAAUUGGAUUGCUUACAAGUCCUGUCAGAGAAAGGCGCCGAUACGUCAUUGGAGGACAAGAAUCUGAAGAGCCCCGCCCACCUGGCCGCUGAGAGGAACCACCCACGGAUCCUGAGCUACCUACUCAGUCGGGGCGUGGACAUUGAGACAUCGGACCGGCUAGGGCGGAGACCGGCUCACUAUGCAGCUAUCCAUGGGGGUCUAGAAAGCCUAAUCCUCUUCGUCCAGGGCAACUGCGACACGCUAGCCACGGACAACGCCGGCUGCAUCCCGGCCCACUUUGCGGCCAAGAAGGAUCACCUAGACUGCGUGAGGUUCCUGGUCAAGCACGGCACGGACCUAGGAGCCAAGGACGGAUCGGGAAGAACGCUCGCUCACAUGGCUGCUCUGUAUGGCGCGAUGACAUGUCUGCACUGGCUGUUCGAGAAAGGAGCUGAUGCUUCGGCCAAAGACAACCAAGGCAACACGCCGGCCCAUCUCGCCGCGACAGGCGGCCACGCCAAGUGCUUCAACUGCUGCCUGCAGCACAACGGACCGCUGGACGCCCUCAACGACAGGCAGGACACGCCCAUGGAUUGCGCGAGACGAUCAGGGCACCCCCAGCUCAUGAGCAGAGCAGGUAACAACGAGGUCAGGUGCGUCCACUGCGCCGAUAAUUACGAGCUUGUGGAAUGGGAACGGAGCCACCAACCCUCAAAAGUACAGAAAGCCAUCAAGGAGAAGAAAGGAGGCAUGUUCAGCUCACCACUGCCCAGAAAACCGAAAGCUCAAGAAGUACAAAAACCAAAGGUCGUCAGGUCAAAGUUCACGGGUUCACAGGGGUCGUCAUCAUCUACGGAGGUCCUUCCAAAGAGGGAUCUGGCUGCCAAAUACUUUGGACGGGGAGAACAUGAAUAGUAGAGGUUCAAUUUCACGGAGCCGCUUAGCUAAAAGAUAUUGGUGGGUGUGUUCUUGGGCAAGGCACUUUACCGUGAUGUGUCGCUCCAGCUCAAGAUCAAAGUUGGCAUGUUUGAAAUUGGCUCGUGGUGCGUUGUGUCAAACUCAAAGUUGUGCAAGUGGUUCUUUUCAUUGUGGGUUGGAGUCCAACAUGCAGGGUUUGUGGUGCGUUGGUCCUUGGGCAAGGCACUUUACCGUGAUGUUUCUCUCCACCUCAAGAGCAGAGUUGAUUGGUGUGUUUGAAAUUGGCCCCUGGUUUGUUGUGUCAAACUUGAUAUUUUGUUGGUGAUGCUUUUCAUUGUGGGUUGGAGUCCAACAUGCAGGGUUUGUGGUGCGUGUGUCCUGGGGCAAGACACUUUACCAUGAUGUUUCUCUCCACUUCAAGAGCAAAGUUGAUUGGUGUGUUAGAGUCAAACGUGCAGGGUUUGUGGCAUGGUGCGUGUGUCCUAGCUUGGGCAAGACGUUUUAAAAGUAACCAUUUUGGGCCAAAGAUGGUCUUAGUUAUGAUUUAUUGUCCCAGAGAUCAGGGGUAACAACCGUGGAGUAUCUCCAGCACAAUUGUGGCAGGCUUUUAAAACACAAAUCAUGAAUAUUACUUCAUUUGAUCUAUAAACAUCUACACAUGCACAUGGACCUAUCAUUAAAUGUAAAUAUUUCUUGAUGUAAAUUUUGUACAUAAUUGGAAAUUCUAAAUAAUGUUUAUGAAAUAAAACGUCAUUCCACAAAGUGGAACACUUCACGAGAGGGUACAGUUUCAUUUCAAUUAUUGUUUUAAUUCAACACGUGGUGUCUCCAUAUAGAGUGUAACUUUAAAAUGCACAUUUUGACAAACAACCCUGGAAAAACUUGAAGAAAAAACAAGGUCUUGUAAACCUGAUCCCGGAGUUCACAAAAUUCUAUUCAAUUGAUUCCGAAUGCAUGGCUUUAUUCACUGGACGUCUUUUCAUGCA